GUUUAUAGUGUUGCUUGGCUACGCCAGCCAUAUUAGUUGCUCAAUUUCUAAAAUCUGAAACGUUUAAUUUUGUGUGAAAAAGAGCCAGUAACUUCAAGAUGUUCCAGGUUCGCGGAGAAGCAACGCCACAUUGCAGUGGUGGUAGUUUACACAGACAGAAGGUAAACGUUAAACAGGAGGAUGUUCCCUUUUCACAUUUGUGCAACGUGUAUUACAAACGCCACCAGGAGGUUCAGGGACCACCACGUGCAGGUGCGUUCAAGCAGAAACAAACAGCACCCACAGCAUUCAGAAAAUUCUAUGAACGAGGAGACUUCCCAAUAGCACUGGAACAUGAUACAAAGGGCAACAAGAUUGCAUGGAAGGUGGAGAUUGAGAAACUGGACUACCACCAUUACCUACCUCUGUUUUUUGACGGCUUUUGUGAAACUGUGCACCCGUAUGAAUUCUUUGCAAGGCAAGGUGUCCACGACAUGCUGGAACAUGGAGGCACAAAGAUAUUACCAGUUAUCCCACAGUUAAUUAUUCCUAUUAAAAAUGCGUUGAACACGCGGAACCCCCGAGUAUUGUGUCCCACACUGAAAGCCCUGCAGCAUCUUGUCAUAUCGGGUGACAUGGUUGGGGAAGCACUAGUUCCCUACUACAGACAAAUAUUGCCAGUUCUGAACAUUUUCAAAAACAAGAACUUGAACUCAGGAGACGGGAUUGAUUACAGCCAGCAGAAGCGUGAAAACAUUGGCGACUUGAUUCAGGAGACUCUGGAGGCGUUUGAGAGGCAUGGGGGGGAGGACGCGUUCAUCAACAUCAAGUACAUGGUCCCCACGUACGAGUCGUGUAUGCUCAACUGAUGGGGUCACGAGCGACGCCACCUGUACACACCUGUGAUGGAGCUGCGGCAACUCGCGGCUGCGUUUUCUUCUGUGAUGCUCAUUGCCAAAAGUUAAAAUAGCAUAUUGUCCUCCUACACCAUGGCGGAUCUCCUAUCAUAAGACAGUUACAGCUAGCUACCUUUUGUAUUGUAAAGAUUCCACUUCAUUUACAAAGACUUUUUAUUUCAAAAUGAAAUCUUAUUUUUGUAUCGUAAAGAUUCUGUUUCAUUCACAGAUAUUUCUUAUUUUAAAAAGAAAUCCUUUUCUGAGGUGUUUAUCAUCUACAAAGCUUUUAUCAACUUAGGUUUAACGAUGUUGGUUGUUUGAUUAUUCUAAAGUAAGCUAACCAUUAAUGCUAUAUUUAGGGUUAAUUGAAAAAUAUUUUGUUGUAUUUUGUAAAAUUUUAAUAACUGCCUUCUUCGGUUUAGUUUAAAAUCUACUUGCUAAUGGGUAACUGGGUAAAAAUAUUGAUGUUUUACUUGUAUAUGCAAUUUUCUUAAAUAAUCGUUUGUUUCAUCUUCAGUUUGGCAAAUACAUUUAAUAUAAUAAAACUAAAUUCCUUUGUUAUUACUAUAUUUUGCAAUAGAAGUGUAUAAUAAUGUUGACUGUGAUAUAUUUUGACUUUAGUAUUGUACCCAUUAUUAUGUGUAGUAUUUGAAGAUUCUAUGUGUUGUACAGUAAUACAUUGUUACAGUACAAUUAUCUUUUUUUCAACUCUGCAUUCACACUGAAAUCAUUCACUCCCCUACCAUAUUAUAUUCUUCCCAUUUUUUGUAAAUAAUAUAUUAUUUCUACAUUAUUAAUAUUUUAUUUCUAUAAAGUACACAAAUGAAAUAUAAGCAUACCUGUAAAUAAAACUACUACAUAAAAAGCCAAAAUGUGUAGACCGAAUUGGUAUUAAAAGAAAAGUUACUUCCAAAAUUCAUUUGUCUGGAUUACAUAAACGUUACAGUUUAUAUCGCUCCACAUUUUAGUACCAAAAAGUUCAUAAAUAUUUUAAAUUGCCAUAAUUAAACACUGUAAUUACUGGUGUAUAUUAUAAUAAAUUAUUAAAAUAUUA